UAUCAGUGCUCACAGUGUGGAAAGAGUUUUAUUACACAGGGUAAUCUCAAAAUACACCAGCGCAUUCACACUGAAGUGAAGCCGUAUCAGUGCUCACAGUGUGGGAAGAGUUUUAAUCAACAGGGUAAUCUCAAAAUACACCAGCGCAUUCACACUGAAGUGAAGCCGUAUCAGUGCUCACAGUGUGGGAAAAGUUUUAAUCAACAGGGUAAUCUCAAAAUACACCAGCACAUUCACACUGGAGUGAAACCGUAUCAGUGCUUACAGUGUGGGAAGAGUUUUAAUCAACAGGGUAAUCUCAAAAAACACCAGCGCAUUCACACUGGACAGAAACCGUAUCAGUGCUCACAGUGUGGGAAGAGUUUUACUACACAGAGUGCUCUCAAGAUACACCAGCGCAUUCACACUGGAGUGAAACCGUAUCAGUGCUCACAGUGUGGGAAGAGUUUUAAUACCCAGAGUGAUCUAAUAAAACACCAGCGCAUUCACACUGGAGAGAAACCGUAUCAGUGCUCACAGUGUGGGAAGAGUUUUAUUAAACAGAGUAAUCUCAAAAUA